AUGUACCAGUUGCAUCAAACCUCUCCAGCUUUUGACCAGAGAGAAUACAUGGAUAUUCAUCAGCGUCAGGUCGACUUCGCGGUCAAAGCGGCUGAAGAAGCCGACUUCUUUCGCAAGUGGACUCUACUCUGGCGAUCAAUCACUCUUUCCAGUUUGGAUGACAACAAUUGUUAUAAGCCAUACUGCCGCUAUAUCAAAACACUCGAUUUUCGGAAUCUGUUGAUGAUGCUCGAGGACCAAAAGUUUCUGGGCGCUGUCAGGAAGGCUUUUUUUGCCGGUGCUCUGAAGCCUUUCCAUUUUCCGAAAAAAGAACACAACAGACUGGCUGUGGACACUGUAGCAACCGUCAGUGCUAUUGGAGACGCGGUGACCGCGAAGACGACUUUACUCGAAGAGAUCGCUGGACACAUCAGCCCUGGAUUUCUCCCCAGAUGGAUCGCACGCUCACCGAAGCUACAGUCACUGGUGCUGUGGAGGGGAGAUGCUCUUGCCAACGGGGCUGGCGAGUCGAUUGCGAAGCACUGCGACCAAUUUCGAAAUUUGACCAUUCAUGAUUGGCAGAUGCCUGAUGCAGACGAAUCGUUUGCCAAUUUCCUCAACGAGCUACCUGCAAAUAAGCUGGCAUAUUUUGAAAUCAUCAGCCAGAACACGAUAGGCAAGCUCUCCUUUGAAGCACUGGGACGUCACAAGUCACUGCAGCAUCUUGACCUUGGGAGCCUCAAUCAAGAGGCAGUAUCGAACUUGAAUGCUCUCAAGGCUUGCACCGAGCUACAAACUCUAAAGCUCGACGACUCCUAUGGGUCUGUUCAGCUCGAAUCAUCAAACAAUGAUGUUUUCUUGGAAGUGGUUGAAUGGUUGAGUUCUUGUGGCCAACUGCGCGAUCUGAGACUCAAAGGGCUGUUUGAUGGCCCGGCAAUCCUCAGCCGUGUUCUAUACUCUCCGACCGUCAAGUUAACGAUGCUUUCACUAGAAGGUUACACCGUCCGACAUACUAGUGCACAAUUGUUCCACAGUGCGCUGUCUGAGCAACAAUCCUUGGAAGCCGUGUGGCUCAAAGGGAAUGGCGAGGAUACUACUCCUGACGACCUCCAAAUUAUGGUUGAAGCACUUUGCAACCUGAGAAAUCUACGCGAACUAGCCUUGAGGGAUGUUUCGGAUGAGUUUCAAGAAGACCACAUCAUCAAUUUGGCUCUCAAUCUUCCGCUUUUGGAAGAAUUUUGGACUAGUGGAGAUGCGGUAUCAAGAGAAGUCCUGGGGCCUCUUGCCGGUCUGAAGAAUUUGAAAACCCUCACCUUGAACGCCAUGACUGAAUUCACCAUGGAAGCCAUCAUGGAUUUCCUUGCGAAACUUGAUCCGCAGACUCAGAGAGGAUUCAAUCUAAAUUUGAUGGCCCAGGACCCUGACCAUGACCUCGCUGAGAUGGAGCAAGAUGUCAUUCGAGAAUUCAUUCGGGCAAACUUAGAAGGUCGUUUUGAGUUCGUGCUCUGGCGUGACGCUGACAUCAGCGAUAGCGAGGACGACUGA